CAGCGCGAUUGUUUACAAACGUUUUUAAUUCGAGAAAUUUCCUCACAAACUACGAUCUCGAUUCAUGAGUGAAAAGUUAAUUUUAAUUUAAUCCAAAGCAGCCAAAAAUCUCCCAGUCAAAAUGUCGUACAUGCUGGCACAUUUACACAACGGAUGGCAGGUGGACCAAGCCAUCCUUUCCGAGGAGGAUCGCGUUGUGGUGAUCCGCUUCGGCCACGAUUGGGACCCGACCUGCAUGAAGAUGGACGAGGUGCUGUACAGCAUCGCGGAGAAGGUGAAAAACUUUGCCGUCAUCUACCUGGUGGACAUUACGGCGGUGCCAGACUUCAACAAAAUGUACGAAUUGUACGACCCGUGUACGGUGAUGUUCUUCUUCCGGAAUAAGCACAUUAUGAUUGAUUUGGGCACGGGUAACAACAACAAGAUCAACUGGCCGCUGGAGGACAAACAGGAAAUGAUCGACAUCGUGGAGACGGUCUACCGGGGGGCGCGCAAGGGCCGGGGUUUGGUGGUUUCACCGAAGGAUUAUUCGACAAAGUACAGAUAUUAAGGGAACUCUUCGACUUAAGUAAUAAAUAUUUUAAUUU